UGUUACUGUCAAUGUCAUGUAGUGUGUAAUUAACCAAUGUUUUAUUUACAUUUCCUUUUCUUCGCACAACAUAAAUGACCCUUGAAAUAAUUGAAAUAAUUUUGACUUAAGUAUGGAGAAUAUAGAGGUAACAGAGGCUGAAAGUACAGAGUCAGAUGGAGAAUUUGCAUUUGAAACUGACCACCUAGUGUUGCGAGGGAAUAAGGACUAUUGUGAAUUACUCAAGUACAUUGUCAAGCUGGAGGCUCAGAAAGUGCAUGCUUUAAAAGAUAUUGAGCAAUUAGCUGAGGCACAAAGUAAGGCAUUAGCUGACCCAUUAAAAUUCCUUGAAGAUUUAAAAUCUGGUAAAGCUAGUUUCCCACCCCGGCAAACAAUUUCUGACAUUCCAAAUAUAGAUUGGAGUCAAUAUGGUAUUGAUCCAUCUAUGUUUGAUAAUGAUGGGCUUAUGGAUACUAAGCCCAAUACAGAUGACUUGGAUACCAUAAAAGUAAGAGGUAGAAAGUUUACAGACAACAAACCUGAAACAUUUAAUCAAUUAUGGUCAUGUGAGGAACAAAAGAGAUUGGAAGAAUUGCUAGAGAUUUACCCAGAAGAGCCCAUAGAGGCAAGAAGGUAUAAGAAAAUAGCAAGAGACUUAGGUACCAGGACUCCGAUCCAAGUAAUGUGUAGAAUUCAGAAGUAUUUUGCAAAACUAGCCAAAGCCGGGUUACCAAUCCCAGGACGAGCACCAAAACGGGUCUCUCGGGACAAAAAUAAGUCAAUAUUUUACAAAAAGUCUACAUUUUUCCCACAGUUGCAUGUUCCAGUCAAAAUGGAGGACAUAGAUAGCAAUGACACUCAAGAGAGUUACGCUCCUAUAGAUAAUAAAAAUAGUAUUAAGUUUAAGUGUGAGUUGCUCAAGUCUGCAAAAGAGCAAAGAAUAUUAGAUGAAACUACACCAGUAUAUCAGACUAAGACCAUGUGUGUGGGUUGUCAAAAGACUGGAUUUCUUGGGGCCAGGUGGACAGAUAAUGCCGGAACAGAUUAUUGUACAGAUUGUGUUGUGAAACUCCUACCUGCUGAGAGAUUAAUCCCUGUUAGGGAAAUAUCUUAUUAAUUAUUGUUCAUAGCGCAUACUGCUGCUCUAAUUAUUUAUACUUGAAUAAACUCUAAUUGCUAUGUA